GGCUCGCACGGGGAGGGCAGGGAGUGGGAGAGCUGUGAAGAUGGCGGCAGUGGUGGAGAUGGAGGUUGGAGGAGGUGCUGCUGGGGAACGGGAGCUGGAUGAGGUUGAUAUGUCACACCUCUCCCCAGAGGAGCAAUGGAGGGUCGAGCAUGCACGCAUGCAUGCCAAGCACCGUGGCCACGAAGCCAUGCACGCUGAAAUGGUCCUCAUCCUCAUUGCUACCUUAGUAGUAGCCCAGCUGCUCCUGGUACAGUGGAAACAGAGGCAUCCCCGCUCCUACAAUAUGGUGACCCUCUUUCAGAUGUGGGUUGUUCCCCUCUAUUUCACAGUGAAGCUGCACUGGUGGAGGUUCCUAGUGAUCUGGAUCUUGUUCUCUGCUGUCACAGCCUUUGUCACCUUCCGAGCCACACGAAAACCACUAGUACAGACAACCCCAAGGUUGGUUUAUAAGUGAUUCCUACUGAUCUAUAAAAUCAGCUAUGCCACUGGCAUCGUUGGCUACAUGGCUGUCAUGUUUACCCUCUUUGGUCUUAACUUAUUAUUCAAGAUCAAACCAGAAGAUGCCAUGGACUUUGGCAUUUCUCUCCUCUUCUAUGGCCUCUACUAUGGUGUUCUUGAGCGUGACUUUGCAGAAAUGUGUGCAGACUACAUGGCGUCUACUAUAGGGAGAAGAGGAAGUCAUCACAUACAUAGAGCCAGCACGCCAACUCCUGACACAUACAUUGUGACCAUGAGACAGAACUGGAUACCAGACCCCAGCACAUUGUGGGUCCUGCUUCUGUGUGUCCACAUCAUCUUCCACUCAGCCAGAGCCACACCUAUACCUCAGGCCACCACAGCUGCCACUGCCUCAGCUGGGGUCGCAAAGGACUCCUGCCCCUCCUGGCCCUUAAUGCUCCCAGCAGCUAAGCGAUGUCCAGCAUUGGAGGUGACCUGGCCAGAAGUGGAAAUCCCACUAAAUGGAACGCUGACCUUGUCCUGCACUGCCUGCAGUCGCUUUCCCCACUUCAGCAUCCUCUACUGGCUGGGCAAUGGUUCCUUCAUCGAGCAUCUCCCAGGCCGGCUGUGGGAGGGCAGCACCAGCCGGGAGCACAGGGGCACCAGCACCCAGCUGUGGAAGGCCUUGGUGCUGGAGGAGCUGAGCCCCGCCCUACGCAGUACCAACUUCUCCUGUGUUUUCACGGAUCCCGAGCACACAGUCCAGCGUCACGUCGUACUGGCCCAGUGCUUGGCUGAGCUGAGCACAGUUGUGCCCACUACUCGAGAAGCCUCCAGAGGGUCCCCUCUGCCUCACCAUCUUGACUCUGAAGCCUGGUUGAAAUGCCACCUCUUCAUUUAGGUCCAGGCCCUCUCAGCUCAGGCCACACUCUGCACCACCUUAAGGUUAUAUGUUAAAUUUGUACAGGCGUACCUCGUUUUAUUGUGCUUUGCUUUAUUGUGUUUCGCGGAUAUUGCAUUUUUUACAGACUGAAGUUUUGUGGCAACCCUGUGUUAAGUUCAUUGGCACAAUUUUUUCAACAGCAUUUGCUCACUUUGUAUGUGUCACAUUUUGAUAAUUCUCAGAAUAUUUCAAACUUUUUCAUCAUUAUAUUUGUUGUGACCUGUGAUCAGCGAUCUUUAAUGUUACCGUUGUAAUUGUUUUGGGACACCACGAGCUAUGCCCAUAUAAGAUGGUGAACUUAAUUGAUAAAUGUGUGUUCUGACUGCUCCACCAA